AUGGGAUUAAGUCAUUCUUCAAUUUAUCACUCUUCUUAUGUGAGAACUAUAGCAGAAUCUGGUCCAAUUAUAAUCGAACCAUACUCACAAGUAUACCCGCGUUUAGAUGUUUUGGAUAUGUAUGGCAAUGAUACAUACAGACCUCAAUUUGAUUUGUUAGUUCAAAGUUAUCAAGCGUUAUUUGAUCGCCCCUAUGAAGAUAUGCGAUCAUUUUACCAGAUCGCAGGUAUUCAUGGAUUACCUUAUUCAGCUUAUGAUGGGGUUACGGGUGGUGCUCACCAAUACCAUAAUGACACAGAUUGGGCAAUAGGUCGUUGGGGUGGAUAUUGUCAUCAUGGAGAUGUUUUAUUUCCUCCAUGGCACCGACCGUAUAUGUUAUUAAUCGAAUCUCAAUUAAUUAAUGAGGCGAAAAAAAUUGCUUUACAAUACCCGGAUAAUGAAAGAGAAAAAUAUGUUGAAGCUGCAAAUCAACUUCGUCAUCCCUAUUGGGAUUGGGCUGAUUUAAAGGCCAUUAAAGGUGUUCCAGACUUUUUUAUCUCACUUGAAAUUGAAUUAAAUACACCAACAGGAAAGAAAAAUGUUACAAAUCCGUUAAAACGUUACUAUUUACCUGUUAAUCUUUCUUAUCCCCUUGCAAAUGGUCAAAAUCCAACUGAUAAACCCAAUUAUACACUUCCCAGUAUGGAUUUUAAUCCUUUUACACCUGCCGGUUAUCCAACUGUUAGACAUCCUAAUUCUAAAUAUGAAAAUCAAGAUGACAUAAUGAAUGCUAAUUUUUCCGUUUAUGUUCCUACGGUCUUUAGACCGGGACUUUAUCAAAUGUUUCAUAUUAAGAAUUAUUUACACUUUAGUAAUCACGCUGUAAGAGGGUCAAAUAAUACAGAAAUGGAAGAUACAAAUCCAGGUCAUCCAAAUCCAGACGUUUUUGUUGGAUAUGCACAUUUUGCUUCGAUUGAAACAACGCAUGAUGGUUUUCAUUUAGUGUCCGGUGGUCUUGGAGGUCAUUUAUCUUAUCCUGAUAUAACCGGAUUUGAUCCAUUAUUCUUCUUUCAUCAUGUAAACGUAGAUCGUCUCAUUGCACUUUGGCAAGGAGUAUUCCCUGACAGUUGGGUUCCGGAAGCUAUUGCUGACAACGGAACUUAUACAGAUGAACUACAUAUAAAAAUAAAUGAAAAUACAGACUUAACACCAUUCCGAAAAUCAUCGACAGAAUUUUGGAAUUCUAAAGAUGUUCGAGAUAUAGAAAAACUUGGGUAUUCUUAUCUUCAAUUAACGAAAUUUAAGGGUCAAGAUCCUAAAAAUUUACAAGCUUAUCUUCUUGAGCUUUAUAAACCUGAUCCUCAUUAUUAUCUUAGAUUUUACGUAAAAUUAACUAUAAACGCGGGUAAAUUAGUUGGUCCAUAUUCGAUUAGAGUUUUUCUUGAUUUACCCAGUGCAAAUGCCCAAACACCAGUAACUUCUCCUCAUUUUGCUGGCUUCGUUGCCAUGUGGCGUAGUAAUACUAAUUCCCAAAUUAAUGGUACUACUUAUGUUACGGGAACUGUUGAUAUUACAGCCACCAUGAAACGAUUGGGAAUCCGUAUGGAAGAACACAAUUAUGUUCAUGAUGUUAAUACUACGACAGGCGAGGUAGCACCAACUUCACUUUUUGAUGUUAAUGAUGAUAUAAAUAUUGUUCCUGUUAGACUGAAUGGAAGUGAAGUUAGUCUGAAAGAUGCUGGAGUUACUAAGUGUGAAGUUUUUACAUUCGAACACGAUAAAAUAAAUCCAAAUUUCUUGGUCGAAAAUACUGGUCAAUUUUAUGGCACUAUUAAAUUUUAA